AUGGUAUUGGGAAGAGUAACAAGAGCAUGUGCCGCAUUAAUUGCGCUCGUAGGCUUUGUCUCCGCGCAUGGAGGUGGAGGGGCGCAUCAGAAGCCUCUACAAGUUGAUCCGGAAGCAGAUUGGGCGACUCGACAUAUGGCCGAGGAACAUCAUAUCGGCAACUUCGACCCAGCAUCCUUCUUCACGCUCCACGACUUCGAUGGCAACGGUUUCUGGGACCACCAAGAAAUCCUCAAGUUCUACGGCAUGGAAGACCAGACUGCGAAGGAUGUGCCGCAGUCUAAGAAAGAUGAGAUUAUCCGCGAGAUCACCAAGCUGAUGGAUACGAAUAAUAAUAAUAUUGUGGAGCGCGAGGAGUUUAUGGCGUUUGUGAUUGAUAGGAAGGGGGCCCUGCCAGAUUUUGGGACCGGACCGGGACAUCAUUGGGAUAUCGAGAUGGAGUAUGAGAUUCAUCACUGGGAGAAAUAUCAUGAUGAGAACACCAAGGAAGAGGAUUUAACGCAUCCGGAAGACAUCGCGCAUUUCAAGCAGCAUGAUGAUCUAGAGGACGAGGCGGACAGGCAGGCGUUGUUGGAUAAGCAACCUAUUGUCGAUCAUAACAUACCUGCUAAGUUCAGGAGGCAGCAAUAG